AGGUACUUGCAAUUAACUUAAAGUUGAGACACGGGGGGAUCCAUACUAUAUUAUGGAAUUCUUACUUACAACCUUUCCGUAAAGUGAUCAUCUUCAACUUCCUCGAAAAAGGUUAAAAUGAACCAUAAUGUUGCCACGGGCAGCUAAACUGGAACGUAUAUAACAGGGAAAGAAAUCACUUAAAACACCAUUGACUUAACGUCGAACACUCACUGAGGUUAAGUGGAAGAGCAGCACCUGCGUGUGCUGAAAUUCGUCUCUGACCAUAUCAAAAAAUGAUAUAAAUGAUAAAAAUCCGAAUAGGAAAUUUUAUCCAGAAAAUGUAUGCUCCGUUUCGUCAUUAACCAUGAAUACUUGAAAGUAGUUGAAAACGAAACAUUGGGAUUAUGGAAGAGAAUGUUUGGGCAGAAUACGAAUGUAAUAUCCACGUCAUCUUUCAAUAACAAACAACAAAAUUGCUCAAAUUACACCUUGUAAUACUUUGCAUUAUUCUUAUCCGAGUGCUUCGAAAGAUAACGAUUAUCACUAAACCGUUUGAUAAAGAAACCUUCUCAAAUUUGACCGACUUCUUAUAUAAUGUGAGGAACAUGUUCGAAUUGGAAGGAAAAGUCGCGUUAAUUACUGGAGGAGCGUCUGGAAUCGGUUUGUCUAUCGUUAAGGAGUUGAUGGCCAAUGGUUUAAAGGCCAUUACAGUGGUGGAUUUUAAUGAAACCGCCGGUGACAGAGUUGGUCAAGAAGUUAUUGAGGAGUUUGGAGCCAAUAGAGCCAUCUUCGUUAAAGCGGAUGUUGGAAAUGUGACCGAGUUUAAAGGCGCCUUCGAAGCAACUGUGGAGAAGUUCGGCAAUUUGGACAUCGUGAUUAACAGCGCUGGAAUAUUUAACGAAAUAGAAUGGGAAAGAAUGAUUAAAACGAACAUUAAUGGAACUAUACACGGAUGUUUAUUGGCUCUAGAUUACUUACAAAGGUACAGGCGUGCCAUAGAAGGCGUGAUUAUUAAUAUAUCGUCGAUUAUGGGACUGCAAACUGCCGGACAUACCCCGUUUUAUAACACGACGAAGCACGCCAUUGUGGGACUGGGCCGUUCGCUUGGUCUACACGGACACUACGAAAGUACUGCGGUUAAAGUCAUUACCAUUUGUCCAGGAUGUACUGCAACGCCGCUUUUGUUGGAAAAUAUGGAAGAGCGAUUCAGCAAAAAACAAAUCGAAAUGCAUACCGAGGUGAUGAAGAAAUUCCAAUUACAGUCGGCUAAUAACGUUGCGAGGGAGCUUACUGCAAUAAUAAAACAUGGUCAGAGUGGAUCCGUGUGGCUUAUUGAAAAUGACGAACCUGCCUAUCAAGUUGAAACGCCUCAUUACAGCGAUAUGAGAGUUCCACAUUCGUGAACCAUCGGAGGCUACCAAAUAUGAUUGUUCGCAAUUUGUUUGCAAAUAACAACAUUGUGUCACUAAUUUUUAAUGU